AUGCUCAAUAGUGCUCCUUUGGGUCAAAACUUGACGUCGGCUCUUGAUAAGUUAUUUCAAAGCUUCCGGCGGUACACUCCUGCUUCUACUCUUUGCACUGAUAUUCUUCUUUUGCUCUGUGUCAUUCGAUCUAGCAAGAUCGGCUGCACCUCCGAAAAUUACGUUCGAUCUACCCUCUCUCGUUCAGUCUCGAUCAUCCUCCUUCACCUUCGCGUAGCGAGGGUUAUCUCACCGUCCUCUUCCCCUUCCGCUUCCUUUCCGAUACCACAACGCAACACAACACAACAGAAGUCCGUAGAGUCGUCGCCUUGCACAAGCGUAGCUGAUUCUAUACAAGACAGCUGUGCGUCCUGCCGACCUAAGGCACCCCGAGUCCGAUCCAUAAUGGAUCAGACGUGGGCUGCGGCGUUGGGCGACCGAGCCCCGGUCCUGCAAUCGAGGCAGGUGGCCGAGGAGGCUGGCUGGGUGGAAUGGGGCGAAUACGCUCCUCCCCCGGCCGGCCUCCAAGGUCUUGACGGCGGGCCUUUCUAUAUCGACGAAGAUGGAAGCGCCCACUACGCAGGGCAAUACCCUCUUCCUCCGGCCGACCAUACGGCCUACGAUCAGGAAGGUUACAAGGGAUACCAGCCAUAUCCGACCCAUGCCAACGCUUUGGAUCCCGCACUGGGCGGCGAUCUCGAGGAUGUCCUUUCCCAUGUCGAUGGUAACGAUGACCAUCACACAAUGGAAGGUGGCUCCGAAGAUGGCUCCGAAUAUUCUCCGUCUGCGGCCGAUAAUGAUGGAUAUGGAGAGGGACAUAGCCCGUCCCGUCGGGAAUCUGAAACUGGCAACAAUUCUUCCCCAACUGUUUACCGAGGCAUUAUUCAAGAUGCGACUCAUUAUUACAUCCAGCGAAGUGCGCGACGCAACAGAGAGGAGCAGAAAUUAUUAGAUCAGGGAGUUGAGAGCGAUUGCCCCGAAGAUCCAGCCGAACAACGAGUAUGGAUUGGCAAAUUGUUUGACGCGAUUAAGAACAUCGAUGGAGUUAUCGACAAGCCUUGCAAGAAUGGCACACUAGCUCAGUCUGUUCAACGUAUCAAGGACAAUUAUUACAGCGAUGAGGCUAUCGAGAUUGCGUGUUGGAAUAUUUUCCUCGAAUGUCGUCAGGCAGCCUUAGGUGUCGAGAUGGUUGAUCCUCAUCACCAGACUAAACGAGAGCCCAAGAACGCAUACCCCAAUUUCGCCGCGAGAAUGGAGAAAGUUAUCCAGGUUUGCAAGACAUCUAAGGCCACAUGCAAGCAGGUUCUUGAUCCAAGCUUUAUACAUAGAUUGGUUGAUGCUCCUACCAAGGCUCUCAAGAUGAAGGAGUCGAACCUUAAAAUCAACACGCAACGCAACAUACAAAAUGAGAUCGGCCGCGAAACAAUCAAGAAAGAGGGGAUCGUGCGCCCUGGACUCAAUCCUGUCAAAACGCCAUCUAAAGCGAAGAGAGGCAAGGCUAGACGCGCCCGGAGUCCUGCAACACCUAUUGGUUCCGGCAAGGGAUCAACCUCUCUUACUCCUGGGAUGAGCAAAUUGAAAACCUCUUCUAAUAAACGCCGUGCUAAGGACGAUGAAGAAGGCGAUGAAGGAGACCACGAGGAAGAUAACGGUGGCUCGUCUGACGAAUAUUCUCCACCAAAGCGACGAGCAACCAGAAAGCGAGUUCAAUCAACCAGUACUCCUAGCAAGGGUCAAAGAAAGCGAGCUCAAUCAACCGGUACUCCUAGCAAGGGUCAAUCGCCCAUCUAG